AUGCGCCAAGUGGAUUGGGUCCCAUUCGUUACACGCCAUGUCGUCGACGAUUUCGCCUCCCAUUUGAGGUUAUAUCGAAUGGCAAGCGACAAAUUUAAGUUCAUAGGAAAGAAAGAUGGACUACCAUCUGCAGAGAAUGAUUUACUGAGCCAUUUUUUCGAUUUCGAGUUGGAGAUGGAGAAAACGAUCUGUAGGGAUCUUCUGUGUACAACACCGCAUUAUGAGAACGCCUAUCUUCACGAUGUUGUCGAUAUCGUACUUUAUCUCAUCAUGCCUCCUGAAGACUUCCGCUGCAGGCCACUCAGAUUUUUGCUCCGAGAGCUAAGUGAAAUCUCUCCACGGCCUGAUGAUUUUGUCGCCUGUUUGGAAAACAGUGUCUCUGUAGAUGAGCUUGAGGCAGUGCAUAAGUCAGUACAGGAUGAAAAAAUGGUCUGGCGUCGGAAAACACAAACACAUACAACAGAGACAGUCAGCGCUCCCCCGAACGAAGGUGGGUAG